UAGGAGGGUUUAAAGGCGGCUACAUCACCUCCCGAAAUGUUUCUCUUCUAGGAUCUCACCAUUUCACUGUAAUCUUUCGUUUCAUUCAUUCUUCUCCUUACUCAAUGCCUCAAAAUUUUGGACUCUUUUUCAAUUUAUUUCCCUUGUUUUCAUAGAAAAAGAAGAGGAAAAUCCAGAGAAAGCUUUUCUUUUGCGCAAUUAUUAUAUCUUUCAGCUUUGGAUUGGAGCAGUUUAUUUACAACAACAGCAUAGCUCAAGCAUGUGGAGAAGCUUAGUUAAACAAGCUGCCUACAGGGAAAAGUUCAAAUUUGUCGCUGAACCAUAUACUUGCUCGCUUUCUUCAUGUUCUGCUACAGGGUUUUCUCUGGAUUCAGUUUUUGCCGAUAAAGUUAGGGCUUCCGAGGCCAGAGUCAACGGUUUUUAUGGGUUCCUAUUUCCGGGUUGUCGCCAAAUUGGUGUCUUCUCUUCUCAAAAGGAUGAUUUGGGCAAAUUCAGUUUGAAUCAACCAGGUAACCCUUUAAGAUUUUCUGGGAAAUUUUGGAAUUUGAAAGGGUAUGCAAGUGCUGCUGAGGCUGUUAUUUCUACUGAAGAGGACAUGUCGGGGUCUGAAGAAAUCCAUGAAUUAAUGGAAGCAAUGGCAAGAGAACAGAAGAAAGAGUCUUUUUUACUGCAACCUAAGAAAGUGGCAGGAGGAAUGGGGGUAGCAAAGUACAAUACGUUAAAGAAGAGGCAAAUAAAGAUCGAGACUGAGGCAUGGGAAGAGGCAGCUAAAGAGUACCAAGAAUUACUAAUGGAUAUGUGUGAGCACAAGCUUGCUCCAAAUUUGCCUUAUAUUAAGUCAUUGUUUCUCGGUUGGUUUGAGCCUUUGAGAGAUUCUAUUGUUGCUGAGCAAGAGUUGUGCAAGGAAAAUUGCAGGAUAAGUCAUGCUGCUUAUUUUAACGAGUUGUCUGCUGAUAUGAUGGCGGUUGUUACUAUGCACAAAUUGAUGGGACUGUUGAUGACUAAUACUGCUGGAACUGGGGGUAUAAGGGUCGUCCAAGCUGCUUGCCAGAUUGGUGAAGCCAUUGAACACGAGGCCAAAAUACAGAGCUUCUUGGAUAAGGCAAAGAAGAAGAAAACAAGGGAUAAAAAACCUGAUGGUGAAUCUGAACCUGUGACCAAUAAACAAGAGAAACUGGCCAAAGACCAGGAAAAACUGAGGAAAAAGGUGACUCAGUUGAUUAAAAAGCAAAAGGUGCAUCAGGUGAGGAAAAUCGUGAAGGGGCAUGAUACUUCAAAGUCUUGGGGCCAGGAGGCUCAUGUUAAGGUUGGUUGCCGUCUGAUUCAGUUAUUGAUUGAAAAUGCCUAUAUACAACCACCAGUUGAUCAGUUAGGAGAUGGUCCACCCGAUAUUCGCCCUGCAUUUGUACAUUCUCUAAAAACUAUCACCAAAGAUGGAAACAAAGGCAGCAGGAGAUAUGGUAUCAUUGAAUGUGAUCUACUAGUUCGCAAAGGUCUUGAGAAAACUGCUAGGCACAUGGUAAUUCCUUAUAUGCCGAUGUUAGUGCCUCCUCAAAACUGGACAGGGUAUGAUCGAGGUGCAUAUUUGUUUUUGCCAUCAUAUGUCAUGCGAACACAUGGAGCAAAACAACAACGUGAAACUGUUAAAAGAGCUCCAAGGAAACAAUUAGAGCCUAUUUUUGAGGCCCUGGAUACACUAGGAAAUACCAAAUGGAGGAUAAAUAAAAGGGUUCUUGGUGUAGUUGACAGAUUAUGGGCUAAUGGAGGCCGUAUUGCAAGCUUGGUUGACCGUGAAGAUGUUCCUCUGCCUGAGAAGCCAGACACUGAAGAUGAAGCAGAAAUUCAAAAAUGGAAGUGGAAAGUAAAGGCUGCCAACAAGCUGAAUAAUGAAAGGCAUUCACUGCGGUGUGAUGUUGAACUUAAACUUGCUGUGGCUCGAAAGAUGAGGGAUGAGGAUGGCUUCUACUACCCACACAACCUUGAUUUUCGAGGCCGGGCAUAUCCUAUGCACCCAUAUCUAAAUCAUCUUGGCUCUGAUCUAUGUCGAGGUGUCUUGGAGUUUGCAGAGGGGCGCCCCCUUGGGAAAUCAGGCUUACGCUGGCUGAAAAUACAUUUGGCAAAUUUGUAUGCUGGAGGAGUGGACAAGUUGUCCUAUGAGGGUCGAAUAGCAUUUACAGAGAACCAUUUGGAUGAUAUCUUUGAUUCAGCAGACAGACCUCUUGAAGGAAGGCGCUGGUGGUUGAGUGCAGAGGACCCCUUCCAAUGUUUGGCAGCAUGUAUUAAUCUCUCUGAAGCAUUGAGAAGUUCGUCCCCAGAGACCACUAUUUCGCACAUGCCUGUGCACCAGGAUGGUUCAUGCAAUGGUUUACAACAUUAUGCUGCCCUCGGAAGGGAUAAGUUGGGAGCAGCUUCAGUGAAUCUCGUCGCAGGAGAGAAACCGGCUGAUGUCUACUCAGGAAUUGCUGCCCGAGUUGUUGAUAUUAUGAGGCGAGAUGCAGAGCAAGAUCCUGCAACAAAUCCUCAUGCAUUACAUGCUCGGCUUCUAAUCAAUCAGGUUGACCGGAAAUUGGUGAAGCAGACUGUGAUGACCUCAGUGUAUGGUGUAACUUAUAUUGGUGCCCGUGACCAGAUCAAGAGAAGGUUGAAGGAGCGAUGCGCUAUUGCAGAUGAUACAGAAAUGUUUGUUGCAUCUUGCUAUGCAGCAAGAACCACCUUGACUGCCCUGGGAGAGAUGUUUCAAGCUGCAAGAAGUAUCAUGAACUGGCUUGGUGAAUGUGCAAAGGUUAUAUCUUCUGAGAAUCAGCCAGUGCGAUGGGUCACUCCUCUUGGUCUUCCUGUUGUACAGCCUUACCGGCAAUUAGGACGGCAUCUUAUUAAAACUUCCCUUCAGGUGUUGACUCUACAACGAGAAACUGACAAGGUUAUGGCUAAGCGGCAGAGAACAGCAUUUCCCCCAAAUUUUGUUCACUCCCUGGAUGGAUCCCAUAUGAUGAUGACUGCUGUUGCCUGCAAAAAGGCGGGCUUGAAUUUUGCAGGGGUCCAUGAUUCAUACUGGACACAUGCGUGUGAUGUUGAUGAAAUGAACAGGAUACUAAGAGAAAAGUUCGUUGAACUCUAUGAGGCACCAAUACUAGAGAAUUUGUUGGAAAGCUUUCAGAAGUCCUUCCCUUCAUUAGACUUUCCGCCCUUACCAGGGCGGGGAGACUUUGAUCUCAGAGAGGUUCUAGAGUCUCCCUAUUUCUUCAACUAGCUUUAUCCGGAUGCUCGUGAUGUUUUCUUAAAUUCAAAUCCCUCUGCCUGUCGCUGAGUGACAUAUGAUGGCAUUCAUUUAUUCUUUCACCACAGACAUGAGAUUGUGCAAGGCAAGCUCUUUGCAUCCAAUCAAGUAGCAAGGGCAGAAUUGAGUAUCACGUGUAGGGUGCCAGCAACAACCAUUGUCCUGUGGGUACUUCUGUAUAUAUGUUAUACAAAACAAACAGUUUUAGCCGGAGAUUCCCUUCAAAUUCAUUGCCUACACUUGAAGUUGGCUUCAUAAUUUUGACACACACUAGUUUAAAAGGAAUGGCAAAGAACUGCUCUGAUGGUCUUAAAGCAAAGGCAAUACGGUUUAAGCUGUACAGAACCCGUUGAGGAAGUGAUCCACAGACUAAGGACGGAAGCUUCAAUGAAGCAUGUGGAUUCUCGAUCUUUUAGCAAUAAUGAGAGCCACAAAUCAUGGCAGGCAUGGAAGCAGGUCUUUCCAUGGUUCUCCAGGCUAAGGGAAGCUAUUGCAGGGAUCAUGAGUGUGUUUGUUGUUUGUUCUAAAUUUAAUUCACCUGACAGAUAGGUUUAAGAUGUGUAGAGCCUGAGAUUGAUUCUUGUUCCUUGAAUUGAAACUAAGUUUCUAUUUAUAGUAAAAGGAUUAAAUCUAUUCUUUUUA